AUGGGUCGUCGAGCCUUCACAAACCCAUACAAGGUCGAAAGCGAAAGCGAGCGGGCUAGGAAUCGGCGCCGUCGACAACAGCAGAAACACCGAAGCCUGGUUCAUCAGGAGUGCCCUGCUUAUCCUGGUUUUCGCAUGAUCAACUCUUCCCAUGGUCAGGUGCCACCUGAGGAUUUUGCCCGCGAAAUUCAGUAA